AUGAGUUCAUCGACUAUUUCCGGUAUUGUAAAAAGUGACCAUAUUGCUGUGAAUGAACUUUAUAAAAAUUAUAUAAUGAGUCAAGGUGAUAUUAAGAAACAAGAACGUCUUUCUAUUCAAUUUCGACAAGAAUUAACUAAACAUAGUACUGCAGAAGAAACUAUUCUUUAUCCAGCAUUUGAACAAUAUCUUGGUCCAGAAGGAAAAAAAAUAGCUGAUCAAGAUCGAAAUGAACAUGAAACUGUUAAGAAACUUUUGCAUUUACUUGGAACAACACCUGUAUCUAAUCCACAGCAUCGUAUUAUAUUCAGUGAACUUAUGACUAAUUUAAAUGAACAUAUUAGAAGUGAAGAAAAAAAUAAUUUAUCAAAAUUUGAAAGUGCAAUAACAGUUGAUUUAAGUGCAUCAUUAGCUCAAGCAUUCGAACAAGCAAAACUUUCUGUUGCUGUUUAG